CUCAGCUAAGCUGAGCAUUGUAAAAAUAACCAAAAAAAUGCCUUUAAUUAUAAUAUGCGGCUGCCCAGUGAGUGGAAAAACUACAAGAGCGAAAGAAUUAAAAGAGUUCUUCGAAAAAACACACCGGAAACAGGUUGAAAUAGUCUCAGAAGCAGAUACAAUACUCAAGUUAGGUUAUGAACCGAAUGCUACAUAUUUGGACUCACAGAAGGAAAAGAGAGUGAGGGGGUACCUUAAAUCCGAGGUUCUACGGCUUGUUGGAAAGGAUAAUGUUGUUAUAUUGGACGGCAGUAACUAUAUCAAAGGCUACCGUUAUGAGCUAUACUGCGCAUCAAAAGCAUCAAAGUCCACUCAGUGCACCAUAUUCACGAUACGGAACCACCAGGAGGCUUGGGAGGCUAACAUGGAACGGAUAAAUGUGCAGGCAGCUGACGCAUACAGCCAGGAGGUGUUUGAUGCUCUUACUAAAUUCAGGUUCGAAGAGCCAAACUCCAACAACAGAUGGGACAGCCCCCUCUUCACCGUUCAGCCGCAGGACCAACUGGACUUAGAGGCGGUAUAUGCAGCCCUGUUCGAAAAGAAACCUCCUCCACCCAACCAGAGCACUCAGAAUCCACCACUAUCCUCAACAAACUUCCUUUACGAACUCGACAAAAUAACCCAAGACAUAUCAAAACAGAUCCUCGAAGCCAAACAACUGAACCAGGACUCUGCCCGUUUCCCCUCCUACCCCGGCUGUACCCUGGACUCCUUGCCCCUCGUGACUCCUCAGAAACUCCUCAGGCUGAGGAGGCAGUUCCUGACCUAUGCCAAGAUGAACCACGCAGGAGAAGAUAUGGGGAAGAUUGCGAGAUACUAUAUACAGUAUUUGAAUAAAACUUUGACGGAUUGAUUUUUUUUUUUACUUC